AUGGCGCAUGAUGAGCCAGCUGGCCUAGCGUACGCGGACUACUUCGCGGCGGCGACGCUCGUGCCGGAGGUGGACGCCGUCGGCGGGGCAGGGGAGGAGGGUCUUCACCUCUACGGCGUGCACCACCAGCACGGGGUGGAGAUGUUCGGGGCCAGCAGGGGCCACAUGCCGCCGGCCGCGAUGAUGGCGGGCCCCGCUGCCUCUGCGGCGCACGGCAAGGCCGCGCUCGGUCUCGGCGACGUCGACGUCGCUUCUCCCGUCGGCGGGCACGACUUGGGCGACCACCACCGGCAGGGUCAUCUCCAGGCGCCGCUGUCGCUGUCGCUCCACGGGACCGCCGACGACGCCGCGUCGCUGGCGCUGCACCACCACCACCAGCUCGCCGGCGGCGUGCCACGGCAGCACCAGCCUGCGGCGGCGUGGCCAGGCCCACAGCAGCAGCAGGGCGCGUGGCACCUGCGCGGCUCCAGGUUCCUGCGCCCGACGCAGCAGCUCCUGCAAGAGUUCUGCACCCUUCCCGUGGACUCCACCGGCACAGCUGCUGCUUCCAAGCUACCCACGAAGCCAGCGAGCGGGGACGGCGUCGGCUCCUCGUCCUCGGCGGCCCCGUCGGCGCAGAUCCAGGCCAUGAAUGCAUCCGAGCUGCAGAGGCUCAAGGCCAAGCUCUACGCCAUGCUCCAAGAGGUGGAGAGGAGGUACCGGAGGUACCGGGAGCAGAUGAGGGCGGUGGCGGGGUCCUUCGAGGCGGUGGCCGGGGAGCAGGCGGCGGCGGCGUACACGAGGCUGGCGUCGCGGACGAUAUCCAAGCACUUCCGGAGCCUGAGGGAUGGGGUGGCGGCGCAGAUGCAGGCGGUGCGCCGGGCGCUCGGCGAGAAGGGCGCGGACAGCGUUCCGGAGGCCGGGAUGGCCAAGGGGGAGACCACGCCCAAGCUGCGGGUCAUCGACCAGUGCCUGAGGCAGCACAGGGCGUACCAGGCCGGCGUGCUCGAGAGCCAGCCGUGGAGGCCGCAGCGCGGGCUGCCGGAGCGCGCCGUCUCCAUCCUCCGGGCCUGGCUGUUCGAGCACUUCUUGCACCCGUAUCCAAGCGACGUGGAUAAGCACAUCCUGGCGCGCCAGACGGGCCUAUCACGCAGCCAAGUCUCCAACUGGUUCAUCAACGCGAGGGUCAGGCUGUGGAAGCCGAUGGUGGAGGAGAUGUACUCGGAGGAGAUGAAGGACCCGCAGGAGGGCGGCGGCGCCUGCAGCAACGCAAACAACAGCGUGAACACUAGCAGCUACGCCUCCGAGCUGGGGCACGGGGGCGCCAGUGGCGUGGACGGCGGCGGCGAGCGGAAGCCGACGCGGGCGCAGCUGCUGGUCCACGACGCCGGGUUGCUAGCCUCAGUCGUCAGCAUCGGAAGCAGCAGCAGGGACCAGCAGCAGAUCAGCAGCAUCAAUUUUGGCAUGAUGGACCACCUCGACUUCGACGCAUACAACGACGACCCCGCCGCGGCCGGCGGGCCAGCUGGUGGGUUCGGUGCCAGUGGUUCCGGCGGCGUGUCGCUCACGCUCGGGCUGCAGCAGCACGCCGACGCCGACCCGCACGGCGGCGUGAACAUCGCGUUCGCCGGCGCCGCUCCGUCUGCGGCGCACGAGUUCCUGUUCAUGGCAGGCGGCGGCGCCGAGCAGCAGAUGGUCGCGGGUGGCGCCGUGCACCCGUCCCACGGACACGGUCACCACGGUCAGUUCUCCGGCGGCAUGCAAGGCGACGGCGUGGCCUCCUCGCACUACCACCGGGGCCUCAACGCCGCCACCGGGUUCCAGCUCCUCCACGACCUGGCCGGCUGA